AUGACGAUCGAGGUCAACGAGGACACUCGUGAUGUUCCUCACAAGAAUCAUUACACCGUGGGGCAUGGACAUGUCAUUUCCUUCAGGAACUAUAUUGCUCAGCAACUCAAUGCCUCGAGAGCAUCAAGGGCUUACUGCAUCUCUCGUCAGUACGACAGUCAACUACUCCAUCUCGCUGGACUUGGUUUCGCAGCCACAGUGGAGUGGCAUGUGAACGAUAUCGGAAACGACGUCCUGAAGGGUCACAGAGGGGCAUUAUACAUGGGUAUAGGGCUUGCCGGGCUUGGCUAG